GGAGCUGCGGUCACGUGAUGCAUCCACCUGUGCCCAACCUGUUUAUCUUGCUCAUCGGACUCGGAGCGGAAACCUGCGUCGUUCGCUCAGCAAGUUUGACGUUUUACUGGUUUUUCAGAGGAAACGCCACAGGCCACCGCAGCGCCUCUGCCUCCGUGUGAGUUUAUCUUUGUUAAUUCCAGGUUUUUUUAAUUCAGGGGCUUGUUUCACCGACUCUUUGGACUUCGACCUGCGCCGGGCGCCUUUCUCAAACAAGGAAGUCCAGUGUCCUGAAGCCCCGUGGUUUGAUGAAGUCGUCGGUGAAUGGCGGCUGUUGACCACGGUUGGUUCCUCUGAAAGCAGAUUUAUCCUCCAUGUUUGGCCUGUAGCGUCGUGACACCAGCCCUGCUUUGUUUGCGGCCAGUUGGAUAAAGCCGCCUCCAGCCUCCUCGGGACAAGAUGAACGUCUCUAUGGAAGACGUGGAUCCCUCGGCCGAGAACGGCUCAAUCCUCCACAUGCCUUCGCUGCUUGACAAGUCGGCCGCCUCCAAUUUGACCAUCAUCCAAACCAGCAACGGCUCGAUCAUAAGGGACCAGAUGUUUCUGAGCACGGUGGCUGCCCAGGUCCUGACGGGGACAUUCGUGUGGUCCGCCUUGCUCAUCACGUUCCACCAGAUCUAUACGCACCUUCGAUCCUACACGGUCCCCAACGAGCAGCGCUACAUCAUCCGCAUCCUGUUAAUUGUGCCAGUUUAUGCCUUUGACUCUUGGCUCAGUCUGCUCUUCAUCAGCAACGACCAGUACUAUGUGUACUUUGAUUCCGUUCGGGACUGUUAUGAAGCAUUUGUCAUUUACAAUUUCCUGAGCCUGUCCUUUGAGUAUCUGGGAGGAGAGAGCGCAAUCAUGUCCGAGAUCCGAGGGAAGCCCAUACAGUCAAGUUGUCUGUACGGUACCUGCUGUCUCGGUGGUAUGAGCUACUCCAUCGGCUUUUUAAGAUUCUGCAAACAGGCGACGCUCCAGUUCUGCGUUGUCAAACCCAUCAUGGCCGUCAUCACCAUCGUCCUGCAGGCCUUUGGCAAAUAUCACGAUGGAGAUUUUAGUGUGAAUGGAGGAUACCUGUAUAUCACAAUCAUCUACAACUUCUCGGUCAGCCUGUCGCUCUACGCUCUGUUCCUCUUCUUCUUCGCAACAAGCGACCUGCUCAGGCCUUACGAGCCGGUGCUCAAAUUCCUCACAAUCAAAUCCGUCAUCUUCUUAUCCUUCUGGCAAGGAAUGGUCCUCGCCAUCCUGGAGCGCUGUGACGUCAUCCCUAACGCGCUCUUCAUCGAUGGAGAAGAGGUCGGCGCCGGUACGGUGGCAGCAGGCUGGCAGAACUUCAUCAUCUGCAUCGAAAUGUUCUUUGCCGCCAUUGCUCUCCGCUACGCCUUCACCUGCACCGUGUAUCAGGAGAAAAAGAAUGAAGUGCCAGAGAACAUCCCCCAGAUGCAGAGCAUCUCCAGUGGCCUGAAGGAGACCAUAAACCCCGGAGACAUGGUGCAGGAUGCCAUCCACAACUUCUCGCCGGCCUACCAGCAGUACACCCAGCAGUCCACGCAGGAGGUGGUCCAGCCCACCACUAACGGAAAAGUGGUCACGGGCAACAUGACCUCCCGCAAGUCUGACAAAAUCAUGCUGAUUGCCUCCGAUGAUGAAUUCUAGGCAUUUUUCCAGCAAGAUCCAGUUGUUUGUGUCCCCCCCCCAUAUCUCUGUCCCCCUGGGGAAACAGCUGUAUCACAUAUUGCACUGAGCUGGAUUGAACCCAGGUGUUUAAUAUUCAUUUCCCCAGUAUUUAAGAUGGACCUCUUACUUCUGUCGUGUUUCAAUGACUAUUUUAAGCACCGAGAGGAAGAUGAAAAUUGAUAAAUGUUUUUUAAAUUAACUCAAUGACCAGAAAACUGAUUACUGCCACCACCUCUGCAAUAAUAAUCACAGGAAAAACAACACAACACCUUCACCGUAUCAGCAAAGUCUGGAGCUGUACGUUUUUCUUUAAAUCGAGCUGCUGUAGUGCUCAGCAGUGUCCCUGAUUCUCUUUCUGUCAUUGUGUCAGCACUUGCCGUCGCCCUCUGGCCGUCUGAAGCACGUUCCCUCUGAUUCACGGCAGUUUCAAAGAGGUGAUUAAUACUGCGUCACUCCAUGUGGGAAGCAGGGGAGCCAGCGACGCUUCAUGGACUCUCUCGCAUCUGUUUGUUUCAAGUAUUUGCUAAACAUUCCUCCGCCUGGUUUCCUGACGAACAGAGGGAAUCGAUUCAAACACACAUUUGCUCUGGAGCAGGCUUCUCGAACCGCAGACUGCCGAUGUGGACAAAUUGGAUAAACCUGUCUCCUACAAAGUGGGAGUUGUAUUAUUCUCAUUAAUUUUCCCAGCAUGCUAAAGAGCGUAAAUCAGUGCAUCUAGACAGCCGCUCAACAGACGGUAACAACUGGUCUAUUUGCAGCUUCUACACUGUUCUAAACCAGAACCUUUUUCAGUUUGAUACGUUCACACAACUAAACAUGUUAUCAUUCAGUCUUUCAAGGUUUUAUGAAAUAUGUACAUAAUUUAAUUGUUGUAAAUUUUGCUGUUUUAUUUGUGUAAAAAUGUAUUUAAUGUGUGCAGUUCAGGCACAGUCAGAUUAAACUAAAAUCUGCAUGGGGGGGGGCAGAAAAACACAAACAAAAAUCUGUGCUUUCUGCGAAUUGUGGCAGUUUCUUCUCCCAUUUCUUCUGUAGAAAUCUCACAUGGGAGAUAUUCUUAUACCGUAGCUUUCUAAGUGCAUUAGUUAGGACUGGAUUUGUAUAGCGAGUCUAAGUUUCUUGAAUUUUGAUACUCUCUUGUGCCAAUGAUGGCUGUCUUUCUGGGAAAGCAGAAAUUGAUUCACAGUUUAAAAACAAAAAUAAAUUGCUGUGACUGUC